UGAACCGAAGUUAAUGUAGUAGUGGCUCCAUCUUUCGGUUUCAACACAAAUUGAAGCGUUGCAUGCUGGCAAGAUGGCGACCUUCCUAGUUGUUCUGUUGCUCGGGAUUCUGGCAACGAAUAUUGACGGAAGGAAGCACAAUUUGACUUUAAUCAAUGAUAAUAGAAGAUAUUUUACCAUUAGUACUUUUGGCUUCUUUAAAGAUGGUUCCUUGGAAGUUAAAGUGGACAAAUUCAUGAUUCCUCCAACAAAGAAUAAAGAAAUAUUUGGAUUUACUUUAACAAGAACAGUUAGUGACAGUGUAACGCCAUAUUUGGAUACUCGUCAAGAUCGGUGCUUAUUGAAAGAGGAUGUUAUGACUACAGAUAAUAGUAUUGAUCUCGUUAGUUUUAUUAUGGAUUUUGCUAACAACAGAGUUACAGUGAAGUGCAGCAAAUUAUUUUCUAAUUUAGCAAUUGAUCAUGAUCCACAUUUUUAUAAGAACACAUCUUCUGAUGAGUCAUCUCGAAAACGUCGUAGCAUUGCAGAAUUAACAAGUGAUACCUAUUUGUUAUUAAGGAGGAGAAGAUCCAUUUUUAAAAGAGACACUUUAGGUGAAGAAAUCUCAACUAAGCAAGGUACUAAAACUGAAACAGGUGAGAAAAGUACACAAGAUGAUAGUUCUAAAAGCACUAUAGAAAAAACCAAGAAUGAAAAUUUGAAUACCGCUGAAACUAAAGAAGAUAAAAAGAGUACUACACAGGCUGAACCAGUUGUGGAUACUUGUUCAUCUAAAAUCAUCCCAUUGUAUAAAAAUCAAAUUGAUAAAGCUUCAGAGCAAUUUUACACAUUUGAGUUCAGAGUGACAAUAAAUGAUGAUAAAUAUGAAGGUCUUUAUAGUUUGUAUUUUCAUAAUUGUGCUAAUGAAGGAGAGUUUAAUGAAAUUGUAACAGCUGUCAACCUUUCUCUUUCUAUUAUUGAAGAAAAUAAUAAUAAUUAUUUAUCUGCUGGAGAAAUACCUUUACCAAGAUUAUAUUUCACAAUGUCCUUUGUGUUCUUUUUGACUGGAUGUGCUUGGAUUUAUGUACUUCGCAUGAAGAAGCAAGAAUCUUUCAAAAUCCACUAUUUAAUGGGCUUGCUUGUUUUUGUGAAAUCAUUAUCAUUAGUUUUUCAUGGAAUAAAUUAUCAUUUUAUAGCAAAAGACGGUUCUCCAAUGGAAGCUUGGGCUGUCUUGUACUAUAUUACACAUCUUUUGAAAGGAGCACUUUUAUUUAUAACAAUUGUAUUGAUUGGAACUGGUUGGGCUUUUAUCAAGCAUAUUCUUAGUGACAAAGAUAAGAAAAUUUUUAUGAUUGUCAUUCCAUUACAGGUUUUAGCAAAUGUAGCUGAGAUUAUUAUGGAAGAAAGUGAAGAGGGUGAAACUCAACAUACUACCUGGAGAGAAGUGUUCAUACUAGUAGAUUUACUCUGUUGUGGAGCAAUCCUGUUUCCAGUUGUUUGGUCGAUACGUCAUUUACAAGAAGCAUCGCAAACUGAUGGUAAAGCAGCCAUCAAUUUAGAAAAAUUAAAACUCUUCCGACAUUUUUAUGUAAUGAUUGUAUGCUAUAUAUAUUUCACAAGAAUUAUUGUGUAUCUUUUAAAGAUUACAGUGCCUUUUCAAUAUGAAUGGCUUGAUGAACUUUUCCGUGAAGUUGCAACAUUAAUUUUCUUUGUUCUCACUGGAUAUAACUUUCGACCAACAACCAGUAAUCCUUACUUCCGUCUUUCUCAAGAUGAUUAUGAAAUACAAAUGGAUGAAGUAAUCACUCAAACAGGAUUAACAGAAGGAGUUGUGAAGACCCGCUCUCGUGGCAAUAAUGCGGAAGAGUCAAUAACUGCAACGACCAAGAGAGAGAGUAGUCAUGAAUAUGACUGAUCAACAUUUUUUUUAAUUUAAAGUUAAAAACUGUACAUAUGUAUCAUGUUAUCUUACUCGCUAUCAUAUUUUGGUUUAUAAAUUUUUUUAAUUUAAAUAGUACUUUUAGAUAUCUUCCAUAUUGUAAAUUAAAUAGUAAAGAAUUAAUUCAGAUAUCUUGCUCUCACUAAAUAUUACUGUAUUAGUAACACAAUUUCACUGUAAAUUAUUUAUAAGUAUAAAAUAUCUUUUUCUUAUUUUUAUGUUUUUAGGACCAAAUGAACUUAUAAGAUAACAGCGAUAUAGAAUAAACAUGUGAUAGUGAAUACAUCCAAUUUAAUUUUAGAAUUUAUAUAGUAACCAAAUUCAUUUUUUUAAUGGUAACUGGUAAAUGUAUUUCUGUAAUAUUUUUAAAAGAUAUUUUCCAUAUAAGAAUACAUUUAUCUUUUUUUCCCUUUAACUUCAAAUGCUGAUCUAUAGUUUAAAAUGCUGGCUAUGAUAACUUAAUGAUAUGAAAAUAUUUCUUACUUUUGUUGAACUUUAUCAUUGAUGUUUAUAUUUCAUAAAAAUUUUAUUUUUUAAUUGGAACAUUAAAAAACUAAAACUUUAAGUUUAAUUUUUAUUAUUAUUUCAGAUGUUUAAUGUAAAAUUACACUUCACUAAAUUAUUCUUUAAGCAUUUUAAUUUGUGCUACUUUAUUGUAAAUUAAUUUCAUUUGAUUGUCAUCUCCUCUAACCAUUUUUAAUAUAAAUUUACUUGGAGUGUAAACUUGUAAAAUGGAUUUGUAAGCUUAAAUGUGUUUUAAAAGCAGAAAAUAAUGAUUUCAUAAAAAAUAGUUUAAAGAUGAAAACUUGAGGAAGAGUAAAAAGUUUUGUAAUUUAAAAUAUUGGAUAAUGUGUCAUGAUUAUCUAUCAAGAAUUGGAAAGCAUCAUCGUAGAAAUAUACUAACAUGCACAAUUGUCAGAAUUAAAUUUGUCUUUAUUUGAUAUUUUCUUCAUAAAUUUUUAAUAUUAAAUUACUCUGUUGUAAGUAUCUCUUUCAUUUUACUCAUAAACUGUGCAAUAGUAAUCUAUGUACAAUUCUUAUAUAGUAUUAUUGAACUUUGAGUAAGAAUAAAAUGAAAUUCAUAAUGUUUCACCUUGA